AUGGUCCCCUCUCUUUCUUUCGUUAUCCCUUUUCUCCCCCUUGUAGCAAGUUUUGUGCACCCUGGCCUCCUCGUCUCUGAAAGCGAUAUCUCUCGCACCCAGAAAAAGAUCAAUGCCAGUCUGGAUCCAUGGACUACAUCUUGGAAUACCUUGACAAGCCUCUCAUUGUCGGACGCCAGCUACACUCCUUCAGCAGUCAGCGUUGUCUAUCGGAGUGCUUGGGAAGACAAUGCCGCAAACGCACAGCUCCUCUGGCAUGACGUCGCGGCAGCUUUCAAUCUAGGCUUACGCUGGAAGAUAUCCAGGAACACGAGCUUUGCCGAUGCCGCUAGCAAUAUCCUGCAUGCAUGGGCGACCAAUCUCACUGCAAUCGGUGGUGGCGACGACAAGUACCUCACAGCUGGCCUGCAGGGGUAUGAACUCGCCAACGCAGCCGAACUCCUUCUUGACUAUCAGCCCUUCGUGGAUGAUGUCCUCCCAUCUGUCGUGGAAAUGGCCAAUAACAUCUUUAUCCCGAUGCACUACACCUGGCUGAACCAUGAAGAGUCGUCGGAGCAUAAUAUUCUUCAUUUCUUCGCCAACUGGGAGUUGUGCAAUGUCGCUUCGGCGAUGGCUAUGGCUGUCAUAACCGACAAUCAAACAGUAUGGGAUUUCGCUGUGAAUUACUUCAAGAACGGGGAUGGAACGGGUGCCAUCAACAAUGCUAUCACCAAUAUCGUUGAAGAACCUAGUACUAGAACUUUACUCGGCCAAGGCCAAGAAUCCGGUCGUGAUCAGGGCCACUCAGCGUUAGACAUACAGCUUCUAGGUGUUAUCGGGCAGCAGGCCUUGAACCAAGGAGAGGAUUUGUUUGCCUAUAACGAUAGCCGGAUUCUCCGUGGAACGGAGUACUUUGCGCGAUACAACCUUGGAAACGACGUUCCCUUCGUCCCCUACACGAACGGUAUAGUCAGCUACACCGAGAUCAGUAAUGCCUCCCGUGGAGCCAUCAGACCUACCUGGGAGCUUCUCUACAACCACUAUGUCGUGCUGAAGCAAUUGGACGCACCUUGGACCACUCUUUACCUCAACAACUCUCUUGAAUAUUACGGCGGUGCGGAGGGUGGUGCGGGAUCCUGGGGAGAAGGGUCUGGUCAUUACGACGGGUUGGGCUGGGGAUCAUUGCUCUAUCACAUGGAUGAGUCUGAUGUUGUAUCUGCAUCCUCCUCCAAAGCUGUUUCAUCUACGGCCAAUCCCACACCAAGUGCGUCGUCCGCUACAUUGAGCUUGGCUCCUAGCGCAACGACUACGACUUCUGGCGUAUCCACCCAAAGUUCGAUUGUUUCAUACUCAACCACCACGGAGUUUGCUGCUGUCUCUGCUGUCGUGGACAUCGAAACAGUUGCAUCAUCAUCAACUAUUGCAGCCAACAGUAGGACUUCCCCAUCUUUUGUGGGCAGUACAAUUCCAGCCAGCACAUCGACAGAUUUGCCCACUGCCCCACUUGAGAGCUCGCAGAAAGCUCAUCACCAUCAUCAGCCACAUCAUUACCACGUGAAGGGUCAGGCACAUGUUUACCAUGUACAAUAG